CCUGGUGAAUUUGAACUGACGACCUUUUGGUUAGCAGCCAAACGCUUAACCGCUACACCAUCAGGGCUCCACUGCUUAGAUGAGCGCAAACCGUUGGCGCCACCCGUAGUGUUUUCCCCAGGAGGCUACGGUGAGGCUUAAAUGUGUCAGUGCGUGUCAAGCCCUGGAAUAACAGCGCCUGGCACAGGCUCAGCGCUCAGCGCGCUGUGGCUGUUUAAUUUCCGCCCUGUGAGGAGGGCGCUAUUAUUAUCCCCACUUUACAGUUUACACUUGGCCUUAAAAGUAACUUGCUUAAACUCCAGCGUUUGAACCAAGAGUUUCCGCUCCAGGGAGCCCUAUUCCUGUGUGAAAGGGAUUAUAACAACUACAGAGUGGAGCCAGGGACCCCAGGGUGGGGCCAGGGGCAACCUUCUGGGCAAUUCUUCUGCCCUCUGGGGGUCAACGCUCGUGAACUGGGGAGCAGGAAGUGCUCGAUAAUGUCAGCCAUUUAUUGUUUCUGUUGUCUCCUCAUCUUGUUUCUCCUCGCAGCGGGGCUCUGGCCAGGUCCCCCGCACACAGUAGGCGCUUGGUGGAGCCGGGAGCUCCGCCCACCGUCCUCCUCCCUUUCCGUCACCUCGAGGUGGAGGCGGGCAGGUUAAUACUAACCCAGCCGCCGCCUCGGGCUCCUCCCUAGCAGUUCCACUCCGGGACUGGACCGGCAGGUACGCGGUAGAGCCAGGCGGCCCAAGUCUGCGAGGGUACAGCUGCAGGCUGACCUGAGGAGGUAGUGGCUCUGAUCCAAGGCAGACAGUACCAUGGCCAUCCUUAUACACCUGCUGGUCUGCAUCUUUGGAACGGGCUCCUGGGUGGCCAUCAAUGGGCUCUGGGUAGAGCUACCCCUGCUGGUGACAGAGCUGCCUGAGGGCUGGUACCUGCCCUCCUACCUCACGGUGAUCAUCCAGUUGGCCAACAUUGGUCCCUUCCUGGUCACCUUGCUCCAUCACUUCCAGCCCAGCUGCCUUCCUGAGGUGCCCGUCAUCUUUGCCAUAGUGUGUGUGGGUACCGUAACCUGCAUCCUCUUCGCCUUCCUCUGGAGCAUGACCUCCUGGGUGCUGGGUGGCCACCACAGCAUUGCCUUCAUGGUUCUCACCUUCUUCCUGGCCCUAGUGGACUGUACCUCUUCCGUCACCUUCCUGCCCUUCAUGAGUCGGCUGCCGACCCGCUACCUCACCACCUUCUUUGUGGGCGAAGGACUCAGUGGCCUCCUGCCUGCCCUGGUGGCUCUUGCUCAGGGCUCGGGUCUUACCACCUGCAUCAACAUCACUACAACACCAGACACCACCCCAAGCCCUGUGACUAACAGGACGAUUGGCCUCAUACAGGGAACCAGCAGCACCGUCAUGUCUGACCUCACAGGGACUAAAACCUCCACUGUCCACCUGGAAAGCCGCUACCUCCCCGCCAACUUCUCACCCUUGGUCUUCUUCCUCCUGCUGUCCUUCAUGAUGGCCUGCUGCCUAGUGGCUUUCUUCUUCCUCCAGCGCCAACCCAGGCACUGGAAGGCCUCCACUGAGGACCUCCUCAGCUCCCAGAUCACCCUCCGCUCCAUCCGGCUGCACGAAAAGCAGGACCUGGGUCUCCCAGCCCCAGAGGACAGUGGCAAGGACCAGGCACCUCUAGAGAAGAAGAUGGCCCCUCUCCACCUGGCUCGCCUGACCUUCAUCUACCUCCUGGUGGCCUUUGUGAAUGCACUUACCAAUGGCGUACUGCCCUCCGUGCAGACCUACUCCUGCCUGUCCUACGGGCCUGUCGCCUACCACCUGUCUGUCACCCUCAGCUCCAUGGCCAACCCUCUCGCUUGCUUCUUGGCCAUGUUCCUGUCUAGCAGGUCUUUGCCGUUCCUGGGGGUCCUCACAGUGCUUGGGACCGGGUUUGGGGCCUACAACAUGGCCAUGGCUGUGAUGAGCCCCUGCCCCCUCCUGCAGGGCCACUGGGGUGGUGAAGUCCUCAUCGUGGCCUCGUGGGUGCUGUUCACUGGUUGUCUGAGCUACGUCAAGGCGAUGCUGGGUAUGAUCCUGCGCGAACGUAGCCGCAGCGCCCUCUUGUGGUGUGGGGCGGCUGUGCAGCUAGGCUCGCUGGUCGGCGCCGUGCUCAUGUUCCCGCUGGUCAACGUGUUGAGGCUCUUCUCCUCCGCGGACUUCUGUAGCCUGCAGUGUUGAGGUGCACGGACCAUUACAAGGCACCAAGCUCGCCCACCAUUACUAACACCUGGACGCUUGACACCCAGAAAGGCAAGGGGCAUGCCCAAGCAAGGGGUAGGGGAGCGGAGAGACAGAGCCUGAGUCCUGGAACCAUCGACACGAACUCCCAUUUGGAACUAUGGCGAAUGCAACAGGUCCCCCAAAGGGCCUGAAAAUGCAAAGCACAACCCUACCCAACUCUGUCACAGUGCCUGGGAGUCCACCAUUCCGGAGCUUCCUUCCCUUGGUUCUUGAUACGUAACUGAUUUGCAGAGUCAGACCCAAGGAGAAGGCAUGUUAGGUGGAAAACAUCUGGGUGACCUGGCCCGCACAAGCUGUGUGACUUUGAGGAAGUCGCUUCAUUUCACUGUUACUCUUUUUCCUCAUCUAUAAAAUCGGGUUGUAAUAACUAGCACUUACUUAGGCUCUUUGCAGGAAUGAAAGAGAGAGGUCCCAGCAUGUAGUACGCCCUCUUGGGUCAUUUCCUGAUCUGAUCCCCAGCAGUGAUAAAGAGCAACAUUAAACACAACCUGGAGGUGGCCAGAGGGUUGAGAAGUGACCCCUGCCCCAUGUCCCUUUUCCCACUCUCCUCCCAGAGGAGAUUCUAGGAGAAGGCUCAUGGUGGGGUCUGUCAUCGUGGCUUCCUGAGCCCCAGUGUGGAGGGACGUUGUGCCCCCACGCCUCUUCCUGUCCCCUCUUGGCCCACAAAGGUCUGCUCCUUGGAGGAUAAGUGGGCUCCUGGAAGGCAGAGAGAAAUGACUUAGGGGUCCCACCAUACCCUCAGAAAGUGAGCUCCCUACCAGGUGUUGGGCUGGACUUGAGGACCCUUGGAAAUAGUUCCCUCAACUGGAAGGAGGAGAGGUGCAGAGAGGGGAGCAUGACCUACCUAAGUGUUUUGUUUUACUUUUUGCUGUUUGUUUAAUAAAGACAUUCCCUGCUUUUACACUCAGAUGGCCUUCAAAGGAGAAGUUCAACAACAUAAACCCCCCAGAAUGUAUCAAUCUGAUCAGUUUUCAGUUGGUUCUAAUCGAAGAUCAAGACUGAGCUACAAAAUGAACAGAAUCAAAUACUUAGAGAAGGUCGGGUCCUAGAAUUUCUUUAAUAGUUUGGUUUCGUUGGCUUGCUUGCCACCGCCCUCCUUUUGUUCUUCAUUGUUUUGAAUAGGAAAUGCAGUCACAUGUUUCAAAAUUCAAAAAAUAUAAAACGGAUGUACAGCAAAAAGUCUGUCCCUCCCCUCUCCCCCACCUGCCCAGCUCAUCUCAACACCUACAUAAAUAAUCUAUAGAUUAUUUAUGCAAAUGUAAGCAAAUACAGAGUUUUAAUUCUUAAACUUCUUUUUACAGCAAAAGUAGUAAACCACUGUGUGCCUUGCCCUUUUCCCUCAAUAGUGAAAUCAGAAAGAGGAUUCUUAUACUUUGUCAUGGGUGCGUAGUACUCCACCAGGUGGAGGUGCCAUAAUUUAACCAGCCCUCUGUAGAAAAAAGGUCCCUGUGUGGCGCAAACAGCUUGCUCUGGACUGCUAACCUAAAGGUUGGCAGUUUAAACCCACCCAGGGGCACCUUGGAAAGAAGGCCUGGUGAUCUGCUUCCUUAAAGAUUACAGCCAAGGAAACCCUAUGGAGCAGUUCUACUCUGUAACACAUGGGGUCGCCAUGAGUCAGAGUCAGCUCACCGGCAAGGGGUUUGGUUUGGUUUCUGUAGAAAACAUUUAAAGGUGUUGGGGAAUAGUUAAAAGCAAAAUUUCCUGCCAAACCAGAAAAACUCUCCGCAAAAGUAAAAGAGAAAGAAUACAGUUUGAUUAUUAAAAACAUGUUCAAACAGACUGUGUACACAUCACAGACAAUCCACUAAAAAGAUUUUAAAACAGAAAUCUCAUCCUUUUAAAUAGCCAGGUAGAUAUAACCUAUUACAUACAUGUUCUUAAGAUAAACAAUAACUAGUCCUCAGGUUAAGAGGACUAGACAGCACCAUUGGUCACACGUGUUUAUCCUGAAUUCACCUGCGAAGUGGGGUGGCCAUCUGUGUUAGCAAAUUGCAUUUACUCAAGUGUCUUAGGCUGGGUUCUUUAGAGAAACAAAACCAGUGAAGUGUGUAUAUAUACAUAUGUAUAUACACAUAGAGAUUUAUCUCAAGUUGGCAGGUCCCAAAUCCGUGGUCAGGCAUCAGGCUGGAGGCUUCUCACUCGUGGUUGCAAGGGCUGACAAACCCCAAAUCGGCGGGUCAUAUAGCAGGCUGCUGGCUCACAGAGCUGAAGAAGCUGGUGAAUCCCAGAAGUGGCAGGUCAGGUGAGAGGCUCAAGUCCCAAGAAACAGAGGUCAGAUAAUGACGAGCCAGAUGCAGGAUCCAGAGCAAGGGAGAGCCUUGCCAGAGCAUCUGUAUAUGUUGGAUGCAGGUCACACCCCCAAGGAAACUUCCCCUACAUCAGGCUGUGACUCAAGACACAUCCCACACUAAUCCAGCCUCAUUAACAUAUAGAGGUUAUGAUUUACAAUAUAUAAAAUGGAGGAUAAUUACAUCAGAUCACAAAAUGGAGGACAACCGCACAUACUGGGAAUCAUAGCCUAGCCAAGUUAACACACAACGUUAACCAUCACACCAAGGAAGAAUUAACUCCUAUCAUGACAGUAGGUAGUUUUACAACUUGGAGCCAAGCGAGCAAGUUAAACUCCUAACCUCUCACUGAGACUGGGAAAUAGGGACCCUAUCUUCCUUGAUAAGGAGCCCUGGUGGUACAGCAGUUAAGCACUUAGCUGCUAACCGAAAGGCUAAGGAUUCAAACCCACCAGAGAAAGAUGGGGCCAUCUGCUUCCAGAAGGAUGACAGCAUUGGAAACCCUGUGGGGCCACUUC